AUGGCCAACCUCUCUUUCAGUCCCACCCCCACCUUCGUAAGCCCUUUCGGAUGGUAUACACUUUCGGUAGUUAACGGCAGACACCCAAUUGCAGUGAAAAGGGAUGAAUUGACUCCUGGAAUACCAGCAGAAGAGUACGAGAGACGUCGCAAGGCCCUAAUAGAUAGUUUGCCUCCCAACAGCGUCGUAGUAUCUGUCUCCGCACCGAUAAAAUACAUGAGUGGUAGCAUAUUUUACAAGUAUCGACAAGCGUCUGAUUUCUGGUAUCUUACUGGAUUCGAAGAGCCAGAUUCGGCCGUAAUUCUCGAAAAGAACUCAACGUCGAGAGGAUAUAGAAUGACUAUAUUCUCUGUAGGCAAAGAUCCCGCGAAAGAGCAGUGGGAUGGUGCCAGGACAAACUUCCAGGAUGUUGCUACUCUGUUCAAAGCUGAUCAUGCACAGUCAAUCAAUGACUUUCCAGCCCAACUUAGAUCACUCAUCAACUUGUACUCUAACGUAUUUGUUGAUGUACAACCUCGGAGAGGUGUGCGAUCGCCCAAAUCGUUGCUUAAAUAUUUAUCACCAGCAGUGGCCCCGCGUUCAGAGUACGACUCCAUACUAGAGUCUCUCUCAAACUCCCGGCGCAAGCCAUUGGCCCCCCUCCUUGCAAGAAUGAGAGCGACCAAGAGUGAGCACGAACAAAGGAUAAUGAGGGCAGCUGCUGAUAUCAGUGGAAGUGCGCUUGCAAAGACCAUGCGCUUCACACGACCUGGCAUUCCAGAAUCUGCGCUUGCGGCCCAUUUUGAAUAUCUGUGCUGUCUCUCUGGAUCACAACGCUUGGCAUACGUGCCCGUAGUCGCGUCCGGGCCCAAUGCUUUAAUAAUUCACUACACAUCUAACAAUCACGUUGUCAAAGAGGAUGAGAUGAUCCUUGUUGAUGCUGGUUGUGAAUAUAAUGGUUAUGCGUCAGAUCUCACCCGUACAUACCCUGCAUCUGGAACAUUCACAGCUCCACAAAAGGAGCUUUACUCCGUCGUUCUCUCCGUCCAAAAAGCCCUGAUUCAAAUGUGCACCGAAUCUCACCGUUUGAAUCUCUACGAACUCCAUCGCAAAUCUUGCGAUCUUCUCAAACAAGGGCUUGGCCAGAUUGGCUUUCAGCUUCGCACAGGAGAUCUCGAAAGAAUUCUCUAUCCUCAUUUCCUCGGCCAUCCAAUCGGAAUCGGCAAGUCCCCACCCAUUCAAUUGAUAGAUUACUUGGCAAGCUAA